AUGAAGCCGCAACUCGUUUCACUAAUCAAGAACAAUUGCUCCUAUGGUGGAAGUCCAUUGGAGGAUCCUAAACAGCAUAUAUCCACUUUUCUGAGAACUUGUGGUGUUGUCAAUUUCGAAGGUGUAAAUCAUGACACCUGGAAGCUCUCGUUAUUCCCCCUAUCACUAAGAGAUGAAGCUGCACAAUGGCUCGAAACUAUGCCCCAGGGCAGUAUUACUAGUUGGGACGAAUUGGUCACCAAAUUUCUGACCAAAUUCUCCUCAUCCCAACAGAACAUCAAGAUGAAAGAGGGGAUUCAGCCAUUCAUACAAGGAGAGGAAGAGUCAUUGUCCAAACCAUGGGAAAAAUACAAGAAAGUAGAUGACAAAGAGGGUUUCCGAGCAUUCUAUAUAGGAUUAACCCCAGAAACAAGGAGAGCAGUGGAUUACGUCUUAGAUAGCCUCUUCAAAGCAACAGCAGCUGGCCAAGGAACUACAGAACUCAAGAACAAGAGGGCCAACAACCAACACUCACCUGAGACUCCACAGAAUGCAACUUCAGAUGAGGAGAUAAAGAAUCUUGAAGGAAUGAAGGCAAUCAUGGAUCAAAGCAAACAGCUACAUCAGCAAACUCAGCAACAAUUGGGGUCAAUAGCUAGACAAAUUGACUUUCUCCAUUCUACUACAGUGAAGGCACAAUUUCCACCAUGGAAACCACAUUCUUAUCUAGGAAUGAAGGAAUCUCAAUGCCAGGAACAAAGAGACUUCAAUUUUAACAACCAAAGUCACUCCAGCAUGCCCCAACAUCAAUCUCAGAAUGAUGCGUACAUCCCACCCUGGAGAAUUCAAUCCAACUGGAAGGAAGGCGAAAGCCAAAAUCAAAAACCAAGGGAUUUCAACUGCAAUAACCCCAAUUUCAAAAAUCAGCAUACAAACCAUUCCCACAACAACAAUCAUCAAGCACUACCCCAACACACACACCUCCAACCCCAGCCUACCUCACCAUUCGCCCAAAAUAAUUCUUAUCAACCACCACAGUUGACACAGCCACAACCAUUUCCAACUGCUCCAGGAACUUAUGUUCUGGAAACACUGAUGGAAAGAUUUAUGAAAAUUCAAGAAAUGAUGGCAAUAGAGCAGGAAGAAAUAAAGAAGCAUCAAGAGAUGAUAAGCAAGAACCAAGAAACUGUACUUAGAAGACUUGAAAGGCAGAUGGAACAACUAGUUCAAAACCUUGCUGAACUGAAUGAGAGGAAGGGAAUGUUGAGCCCAAAGAGCCAUGAGAAGGAGGCUAGGUUGAAGGAAAGGGAAGUUGUGGAGGAAAGUAAGAAGUCUCAACUUCCAUGA